CCUUUCUCACAAGUUCCACAAGCCCCUGGGGUUGGGGUGGGGGGGACUCUAGGGGGAAGCCCCCCACUGUCCAUGUAAGAACAAAAGAAGGAAACAGACUUAAUUCCCAGAAAGUCAGUUUGCAGGAAAAUGGAGCAGAAAAGAAUAACAUUCAGGUCUGCAGUUUCCUGCCAUUGAAGAUCCCUUUCAACCCAUCAUGGAAACCCUCUGCCCAUCCAUGAGCCCCAGCUUCCUCCAAGGGUCUUCCCUCUUCCAGGGGCAGUAGAUGGUAGGCCCAAUGAUGCAAAGAGGAACUGGGUUUGAGGGCUGGGGGAGGCAGGCCCAGGGGAGGGCCAUGGGCAUGGGAGCUCAUGCUGCCCUGCCCUUGGACUCAACCCAAAAUACCUUUAAGGCCACAUGUUUCCCCUUCCUCCCUUUCUACCUAGAGAACGGGAGGUUUGGAGAUCACAAUUCAACCCCAAAGAGCUCAUCUCAGUAAAAGUAGUAAUAAUAAUGAAGUGUGUGUACUUGCCACUGUUCUUAGUGCAUCUCAUUUUAUCUUCUCAGCAAGCCUAUAGUAGGUAGGUGUUACUAUCCCCAGUUUAUUGGAAAGAAAGCUGAGAUGCAGACACAAGUCAGUACUCACAAUGUCUAAAGGCCAACACAGGACAGAGCUGGACAUCAGCCUGCUAGACCCCAAACAAGGAGUACAACCACUACCAGCCACUGCCAUCCUGCCUAGCCAGGACAGAUGGGGAGACCUAAGAGGUGGGGUGGAGGGAGGGUCCAAUCCAGUCACUAUUUUCUAAGUAUGCAGGGCAAUGCUGAGUUUUGCUGUGACUGCCUCGGGGAUCUUAAGAUGCCAUCAGAAUUCAGAUGCACUGAGAUUCUACUAGCACAAGGAGAACUCACUGGUGGGCAACCCCUCACAGGGUCAAAGAUGUGGAGGAAACGGGGUUCAAGAAAGAGCAUGGCCAGAUUCAGUUUCCAAUCAAACGCUCAACUCACCUGAAGUACCCAGCUCUCAGCACAGCAUCUAAGGGAGAGGGCACAACUGUUCCUGCCACCCUGAGAGCUGGGGCCCACUGGGGCUGGCUUGCCCAAAUCUGGAGUUAGUGCAAGGUCAAGUCACAGGAGCAAGCUUGCUUUUCCCAGAGGCAGCAGAUUCCAAAAGAUAAGACCUCCAAGUGGAGGGCCCUGGAACUGGACUCGAGAUGCUGGCCUUCAGGAGAUUGUUCUAAGCUUACCCAGCCCACAGAUCAGAUCUGAGGGUAUCCCUCCUCCCCUACAAUAUUGGGGGGAGGGGCGUGAAGGGAGGGAAAUCUGGCCAAGAGAAUUUAGUGGGAGGCUGCCACCCUCCUCAUCCCACCAUCCUGGCCCAGCUGCCUCCUCCUCCUCUCUGAAGACAGCCAGGUGUGGCCCAGGAGGUGUAGGGGGGAAGGGGUGGUGUCUCUGCUCCAGAGGCACUGGCCCGGCCCAGAGGGGACAGGAAGCUAGGACACCGGGGAUUGUCUCUCCCAACCGCAGCCCAGCCCCAGCCCGGGAGGAAGUUUCUGCCGAGUGCUCUCCGUCGGUGCCUCCCUUGUUAUAUUGUUGAACAGGAAACAGGGCAGCACGGGAGCCGGGUGGUGGAAGAGGGAGCACCGGACACCGAACCCUCGCGCGUCUGUCCGGGCAAGUGGAAGCGAGGCCAGCGGACCGACGUCCUGAGCUCCUGCUCCGCGCAGUCUCUCCAGCCUUGCCAUUGGUAGCCCCGCCCAAGGAGAUGACAGAAGCCUAACCUGCAGCCCUUCGCCGACUCCGCCCAUCCAGCCCAUGGGCUCCCAGAGGCCCGCCCAGCUAACGAAAACGCGGUGGCCGCGAUGGCGGCGGACGUCGAAGGGGACGUGUAUGUGCUGGUGGAACACCCUUUUGAGUACACUGGCAAGGACGGGCGCCUCGUAGCCAUACAGCCCAACGAGCGCUACAGACUGCUGCGCCGUAGCACUGAACACUGGUGGCACGUGCGGCGCGAGCCUGGUGGCCGACCCUUCUACCUGCCCGCACAGUAUGUGCGCGAGCUGCCCGCUCUCGGCGACCCUGCCGCUGCCCCGCAGUCACCCGCGCCCCACACAAGCCCCGCAGUUCCCGAACCGCUGACCUACGACUACCGGUUCGUGAACUUGUCCGCGCCCACGGGCUCCGAUCACACACCUGGGGAACCCCGGGGCCGCGCCAGCUCCCUAUGCGGUCCUGUGCGUCGCAGCGGCGCCGCUCAGCGCAGCAGCCUGGCGCCAGGCGGGCCCACCAGCCUGUACGCGCGACCCUUGGCGCCAGUGCGCCCAGCGCAGUCCCUGGACGACCUGGCGCGCGCCGCCGCGCCCCCUGCCGGCCUCCUAGGAAGCGCAGGCCGCUUCAAGGCCUGCAGCGUGGCGGGAUCCUGGGUGUGCCCACGGCCCCUGGCGCGCAGCGACUCGGAGAACAUCUACGAGGCCAUCCCGGAUGUGCGCAGCCCUCAACGCGAAGACAUCCCGGAGCAGGCGGACGACCCCCAGGAGCCGGUGUACGCGAACGUAGAGCGGCAACCUCGCGCCACCUCGCCGCGCGCUGUCGCAGCCCCCGGCCCCAGCCCGGUGUGGGAGACGCACACGGACGCGGGCACCGGACGCCUCUACUACUACAACCCCGACACGGGCGUGACCACUUGGGAGUCGCCCUUCGAGGCUGCGGAGGGCCCCGCCAGCCCGGCCACCUCUCCGGCUUCAGUGGGCAGCCCCGAGAGCCUCGAGGGCGAGUGGGGCCAGUACUGGGACGAGGAGAGCCGCAGGGUGUUCUUCUACAACGCGCUGACUGGCGAGACCGCCUGGGAGGACGACCCCGAAGACCAGCUGGAGAUGCAGCCCGGCCUGAGCCCCGGCAGCCCAAUGGACCAGAGACCCCCCACCCCUGAGACGGACUACCCCGAAUUGCUGACUAGUUACCCUGAAGAGGACUAUUCCCCCGUGGGUUCCUUCAGUGAGCCCAGCCCCACCUGUCCUUUGGCCGCACCCCCAGGCUGGUCCUGUCACAUCAGCCCGGACAAGCAGAUGAUCUACACCAACCACUUCACCCAAGAGCAGUGGAUGAAGCUGGAGGACCAGCAGGGGAAGCCAUACUUCUACAACCCAGAGGACUCCUCUGUUCGGUGGGAGCUGCCCCAGGUCCCCAUCCCUGCCCCUCGAAGCAUCUGCAAAUCCAGCCAAGACAGUGACACCCCAGCCCAGCCCAGCCUUCCAGAGGAAAAAAUCAAGACUCUGGACAAAGCAGGAGUACUCUAUCGCACCAAAACAGUGGACAAGGGGAAGCGGCUCCGGAAGAAGCACUGGAGUGCCUCCUGGACAGUGCUGGAGGGUGGCGUCCUCACCUUCUUCAAGGACUCAAAGACCUCAGCUGCUGGCGGCCUGAGGCAGCCUUACAAGCUCUCCACUCCUGAGUACACGGUGGAGCUGAAGGGGGCCACGCUCUCCUGGGCCCCCAAAGACAAAUCCAGCAAGAAGAAUGUGCUGGAGCUGCAGAGCCGUGAUGGCUCCGAGUACCUGAUCCAGCAUGACUCAGAGGCCAUCAUCAGCACCUGGCAAAAAGCCAUUGCCCAGGGCAUCCAGGAGCUGUCUGCAGACCUGCCCGCUGAGGAGGAAAGUGAGACCGGCAGCGCAGAUUUCGGGUCCAGUGAGCGCCUGGGAAGCUGGCGGGAGAGAGAGGAUGACACUCGGUCCAGUGCAGCGGCCGGACCUGUCCUGAGCCCUGGAGGCCAGGAGAGCGACUUGAGCAAGGUCCGGCACAAGCUGCGCAGGUUCCUACAGCGGCGGCCCACGCUACAAUCGCUGCGGGAGAAGGGCUACAUCAGAGAUCAGGUGUUCGGCUGCGCGCUGGCGGUGCUGUGUGAGCGCGAGAAGAGCUCGGUGCCGCGCUUCGUGCAGCAGUGUAUCCGGACCGUCGAGGCCCGGGGGCUGGACAUCGACGGGCUGUACCGCAUCAGCGGAAACCUGGCCACCAUCCAGAAGCUGCGCUAUAGGGUGGACCACGAUGAGCGUCUGGACCUGGACGAUGGGCGCUGGGAGGACGUUCAUGUCAUCACUGGCGCUCUGAAGCUCUUCUUCCGGGAGCUGCCGGAGCCCCUAUUCCCCUUCUCGCAUUUCAGCCAGUUCAUCGCAGCCAUCAAGCUGCAGGACCAGGCACAGCGCAGCCGCUGUGUGCGUGACCUGGUGCGCUCACUGCCAACCCCCAACCAUGACACACUGCGGCUACUCUUCCAGCACCUGUGCAGGGUGAUCCAGCACGGGGAGCAGAACCGCAUGUCGGUGCAGAGCGUGGCCAUAGUGUUCGGGCCUACGCUGCUGCGGCCCGAGACAGAGGAGAACAGCAUGACCAUGACCAUGGUGUUCCAGAACCAGGUGGUGGAGCUCAUCCUGCAGCAGUGCUCAGAUAUCUUCCCGCCCCACUGACCGCGGCGGACCUGGGACUAGGGGCAAAUGACUUGUGGUCCUAGGAGACUGGAAUUGCUCUCCGAGGUCCUUGGCCUUCUUUGGGUCUGCAGGCACUGUGACGUCUAUACCCCUCGUUUCUGAGGGUAUAGUGACCCCUGGUGGGCAGUUCGUGAAAUGUCAUUUUUUUCUCCCCCGCCCUGGCGGGUCGUGUUUAGGGUUAAUUAGGUUCUGUUCUUUAUUACAGCGCCACCUACUGGGCAGGUGGGAGAAUGUAGGGGUGAGAGUUUUGUUUUCUGGGACUCCCACGGGGAGGAGGAAUUUGGAGAGGGCCUUCCUGGCUUCUUCAGGCCUUCACCUGGUCAAAGCCUUCACGGAGACUCUGGUGGCGCCCCUGUCCAGGCCCUGUGCCCAUCAAGCAGCUACUGACAGCUUCCUUCCAGCCGCAUAGCUGAACCUGUCUCCCCCAGGCCUCAAGGAUGAGCUCUUGGGCCUCUUGCAGAGGUCAGGGUGGUCAGCUAGGUGAGGUCAGGGUUCCUGUUUGGGAUUGGGCACCCAUGCCCUCCCUGAUCCACUGUGUCCUGUGCAAGUUCUUCAUGCCCACUGGAUGUGGACCCUGCACCUGCACUUGAUGUGCACCUUUCCACACUCAGUCCCAUUUUACAGAUGAGGAAACUGAGACUUACAGAGACAGAGUGACUUGUUCAGGGUCAGGUGGGUGAUCUGACUCCCCAACAGAGGUUCCUCCCAUACCACUCCAGAGAGGGCUGUUGAUCCUUUGAGCCACCUACGCCCCGCCGCAGCAUGGGACCAUGGGCAAAGCAAAGAAACUCAGCUGGGUCUGUCCUGUCUGUGCCUGGGCUGGGGAGUUUCCUGAACUCACGGAGGGAAACUGCUCCAGCUGUUCUUCUCGGGGGAAAAGGAAAGGUCAGGUGUGCCUGCCUGGUGCCCACCGUGCCAUGGAGACCUGGGAAAGGCCUGCAAGGGAUGGAGGACAACCUCAGGAAAGGAGAGGUGAACCUUGGAGUCAGCAGACCCCUUCCCUCUUCGUGCACAAACCACCUUGGUUUCUGGAUCUCGAUCCCCAGCCCCACCCAUCCACUCAUUGACUUGACCAACAAUAAUCAGUAAUAUUUAUUAAGCUUUCGCCAAGCAUUUUAUUUGGAUCAUCCCUGCUUGUUUCUCUCAGUCAAUAUUUAUUAUUUGUUCUUGUGUGCCCGGCACUGUGCUCUGGGGCAAGGAUGCUGACUCCUGUCCUGGUGGAGCUUAGGGUUCACUGGGUGAGGUGGACCCAUGCCAGUGGGGGCAGGUUAGGAGUUCAAAUGGAGGCCUCGUACCCCAUGUCUAAAUAUUUAAAAGUGACCCAUCAAGCUAACAACUGUUAAAUAAAAUAUGUUCUAUUCUCCUA